CCUCGCCCAAGAAGCCAUACCUACCAAAAGUUACUAGCUAAGCAGAACCAUCCAAGCCACCAUGAAGCUGCUCUCCUCUGCGUUCUUCCUCCUGCUCAUCGUGCCUACGUGCAAGUCUUCCACACUGGAAGACACGUGCAGGUCCUUCGCCGCCAGACAUCCAUCCAUCGGCUACGACUACUGCAUCAGGACCUUCCAGGCCGACAAGGCGACCGCCGCGGCCACCGACGUGCGGAGCCUCGCCGUCAUCGCGGCCAGGAUCGCCGAGGCGAGGGCCAACGCCACGGCCGCGCGCAUCGCCGCCCUGAGCGCGCUUGAGAAGGACGGCAGGAGGCGGGACCGGCUUAGCGUGUGCGCGGAGGUGUACUCGGACGCCGUGGACCAGCUCGGCCAGGCGGCGGACGACAUCGCUCACGGUGCGGAGGGCGCCGAUCAGGCCGCCCAGGACCCGGUCACGAAGCUCAGCGCGGCGCUGGACGCGCCCGGGACGUGCGAGGACGCGUUCGGCGAGGCCGACGACACGUCGCCGCUGGCCGCGGAGGACGCCGAGUUCAAGAAGCUGGCCAGCAUCGCUCUCGCCGUCGCGGCGUCACUGACGCCGCCGCCAUCCACGCAGAAGCCGAGGAUUACUGAUUAAUUAGCACGCCUGUAUUGUACGUGUUUAGCAUGGACAUGAAGGUACAAUAAGUUUUUCCGACGGGUAUAAUUGCUAGCGAUGUAUUUUUAACUUUCUUGGGGGUUACGAUGGAGUUUGAUUGUUUAGUGCCUUGCAUGCUUCGCGUGCAUGC